GUUGAAUUUGUGUUCUCCACAUUAUCGAGAGACGCAGGUUGAAUCGAACAGUCGCCAGUGCGAGGUGGAGGUGUGAACCUUGUGAACCGAAUGUCUGUCAGGGCCUUCGGUUUUUCCGCGGGAGAUCGUGCGCGUUUUUGUAAUUAUUAUUCAGUGACAGCCCUUCUGAUUCCGAGAACUCCAAGGAUUUCAAUAUGAAAUUGUGGGUACUUGCUGCUGCUUUUAGUCUGGCUGUGGGUCAACGCAAUACGUAUUAUGGAGAUCCAGGUGCUGUCAUGUUUCCUGGACCUAUCAAUACCAAUAAUCCAAAUUUUAAAGGGAGAGCACGUGAAGAUGACAGUGACAACGAGCAGACGUCGAUAUCGUUAUCCUUAUCAGUGGCGAAACAAAUAAACGAAUUGGACUCAGUAGACGAUUUUCUGAAUAUGCUGGAGGGAGUCCCAGACAACGAGAAGAUAUCCGGAAUGACCAAUCGUUUUGGAGGUGAGGAGAGAACGAACGCGAUACGCCCGAAGCCUGCGAAAUGCAUACCUGAACUGCAACCAGUUCCAUUUAAGACAGAUGAUACUUCAGUGACGUAUUAUCCAUCCUGCACGAGAAUAAAAAGAUGCGGUGGCUGUUGCGGACAUGCUUUACUUUCCUGUCAACCCACUGAAUCAGAAGUUCGAAAUUUUGAAGUGAUAAAAUCGACAAUAGGAGGAAAUGGGAAACCGAAAUAUUCUGGUAAGGAAAUAAUUCUCCUGGAAGAGCACAAAUCGUGCGACUGUCAGUGCACGAUAAAACCAGAGGACUGCACUCAGAAGCAGAAGUACGAAAUCCAGAAUUGCAGGUGCAUAUGCCAGAAUGGUGAUGAGGAGACAAAAUGCAGGAAGAGUAAUGACACGAAAUUGUGGGAUCCUGACGCGUGCAACUGCCUCUGUAGAAAUAUUGAGGAGUGCAACACUGGAUAUUAUUUUGAUCAGAGCACGUGCAGAUGUCAUCCGAUAUCGUCGAAAAAUAUGUUCGAGGGACUUUACUACAAAUUUCCUAUGGGAACGGGAGAGACUCCUCCACUAAUUAUUCCCAUCGACGCGUCUGAUCCACGGAGAAAACACAAAGAUGAGCCCUGAUUUCUUAUCCAUUACCAUAUUACAAUUGUUCGAAUCAUUUCAUAAGAAUAAAAAUACUCCUAGGAAAAAUACGUCAAUAAAUCAAUUGCGAAAUUCUGAAAUUUCGAUACCGAAAUGAGAAUUUAUUGACAAGAAAAAUUUUUUCCCAGUAUUCAGUGGAGUAUUUUCAUGCCCCUGGCUGUCCAGAUCAUUAAAAUUUCAUUCUAAUUUAAUGUUUUACUCAUCUAUUUUAUAUUAUGUAUAUUAUUCAUGUCAGUCAGUGAGGAAUACGAGGAAAGUGAGAAAAUUUUUCAUUAAUAAUAAAAUAAUUGACGCCAUGUAUAAAUUGUGAUAAAUAAAAUGUCGUAAUU